AUGGUUGCUGAACUUGGACAAUAUGUUCAUGCAAUUGGGACGGAUUCCAACAAUUUGAUGGAACCCCAAAGUAUUGAAGCGAUUUACAUUGGACCUACAAAGGGACAACGUACUGGGCACCGAGGGCUCAACCUCAAUACUAAGAAGAUGAUUUCCCGACCCAAGGCCGUUGUACUACCCGUUACCGAUCAAGUAAUCCAGCGUGUUGAAGCUUGGGCUGCUGCCAAAGGUGUUACUUCCAUGAAGUUCUUUGAUAAAAAGAGAGAUUUGGAGACAUUUCAAGAUGGCAAUCAAAUUGCAGGAGUGGAUGACACGGAACAAGGUUACUUAGAAGAAGCCUUUGAUCAGGACUAUGAACCUGAAGAUGACGAUGGACGUGAUUUCAAUCUACAUGGACAAUUCGAUGAUAUCGAUGACUCCAAAAGAGAAGAGCUCUUGGCAGAUGCAGACAAUGAUGUCAAUGAUAUGCCAGAACUCACUGUCAGAUUCCAAGGAGCUGAUGACUAUGAAUCAGACGACGAUUUGGGUGAUGAAGGCGACGAAGAGGAAGAACCUAUUGUGGCCGAUUUGGAUCACCAUCAAGAAAAUGUCGAUAGAGGAACCGAUGAUAUUGGGAGCCUUGUUACUGAUCUGGAGGAUCUACAAGAACCGCCAGAAGAAGAGAUUGUAUUUGAGCCUGAAGAGCCUCAAGUAGCAAAAGUCACUCAAUCUGGGCAAACGUAUGCGCAAGCUAAAAUGUCAGGGCUGAACCUUUCCCAAGUUCCAAAGAGACCAAGAGAAUUGCCUUUGAGCAGGAGUGGCAGUUCUGCCAAUAAGAAUAAAAAUCGAGUUGCGACAAGAUGCAAGCAUCAAGAAAGAGAAUUGAAACCGUUGAAGAACAAGUUAUAG